AAAAUAUCAAAAAUGGAAAAUUAGAACUAAUUUACAUAAUUGAAGAUAAUAGUAAUGAAGCAAAUGAUACUACAAAUUUCUCAAAUAAUAACAAAUCAUCUAACCAAGAUGUUCAAUUAGAAAACAACAAAAUCUUCAUAGAUUUACAAAAUGAUGCCAACUUGAGUUGGAUAUGGGAUAUUCAUUAA